AAAUCCAAAUUCCAAAACCCAAAACCAAACGGAUCCGACCCAUUUUCCAUUUUGGCGAUCCAAGUCAAAUUCCCUCUCUCUUGCACCCAGUAGAUCCAAACAGCCGGCCGGCGAGGGAACUGGGCCGACAACGUCUGUACUUAACUGCAAAUUCUUUGUAAUUCUCGAUCCGAUUUUCUCGGCCACUCUCUGAAUUUCGCGAAGAUGGUGAGUAAAGCAGAGGAGGCCGAGUUGAAUAGACUCGAGACUCAGGUCGAUAAUGGAGGCGGAGGUGCUUGGGAGUAUCUUUGCCUUGUCAGGAAGCUCAAAGUUCGCCGUUCUGAUAAGGUCUUAAAGCAUGGAUUAUCGAUCUUGAAUGAUUCCCGGAAGCGAUCCGGUCUCGGCCACGAGGAAUGGACCCUGUAUGAACAGGUAGCUAUUGCAGCACUGGACUGCCAAGCUAUAGACGUUGCAAAGGAUUGCAUAAAGGUUCUUCAGAAGAAGUUUCCACAGAGUAAAAGAGUUGGGAGGCUAGAGGCUAUGCUGCUUGAAGCAAAGGGACUUUGGUCCGAGGCAGAAAAAGCGUACGCCAGCCUUUUGGAGGAAAACCCGUUUGAUCAAGUAGUACAGAAAAGGAGGGUUGCUCUGGCGAAAGCACAAGGCAACACUGCUGGGGCUAUCGAACGCCUCAACAAAUAUCUUGAAACAUUUAUGGCUGAUCAUGAUGCCUGGAGAGAACUGGCUGAAUUAUAUAUCUCUCUCAAAAUGUACAAGCAAGCAGUUUUUUGCUAUGAGGAGCUGAUAUUAUCUCAGCCCACGGUUCCUCUGCAUCACUUAGCUUAUGCAGAUGUACUUUACACACUAGGCGGCCUAGAAAACCUUCAGACAGCAAAGAAAUACUAUGCAUCUACUAUAGACUUGACUGGAGGCAAAAAUACGAGAGCCCUGUUCGGCAUUUGCUUGUGUACUUCUGCCAUUGCACAACUAAGUAGAGGCCGAAACAAGGAAGACAAGGAGGGUCCAGAGCUGCAGUCUUUAGCAGCAACAGCCUUGGAAAAAGAUUACAAACAAAGAGCUCCACAGAAGCUUUCUCUGCUUUCUUCUGUAUUGAAGAGCUUGAAAGUGUCUCCAUAACUUUUCCUCCUUUGAACGGUACCUCUCUUUCUCUCUCUAGGAUUAAGUGUUUAGCAACUGGUAGUUGAUAUCAAUUCAUUUCCUUGUGAUUUUUCCCUAUGAAAGUUCUUCUUCUGUUUCCAUAAACUCCUAAGUAUGGGAAGUGAUGUAUUUUUAAGCCUAAUUUAAUGAUGGCCCAGCUACAAUAGAUAGAUAUAAGAGAUCUUCUUGUUCUUCUUUCA